CCCUCGUUUACGGCUCAGUAAGGAAAAUUUUCAUACCACCUCGACAGGUAUUUAGCUUUAUCGUGCAAAAGCACUUGGCCCCAGUCGCUAUAUUUCCUAAUAUUUCCCUUGCCAACCUUUACUUUCAACAGUGUUUUCCUCGAUGGCUCUGGAUGAUCGAAUUCGUCUGCUGGAGCAGAGGCUAGCUAUUUUGGAGGACAAGGAGGAACUAUCGACCCUGAUGAAUCACUAUUGUACUCUCGUGGACUCUAAACAGUACACCGAGUGGUCUAAUCUCUUCACUGAGGAUGGGAUUCUAAAUUUCGAGCCGUGGGGACCAGUCCAAGGGCGUGAGAAUAUCGCUCGGGUCACGUCGGAUGCCGAAAAAGCAUACGAGUGUAUGAUGCACUGCUUGACAAAUGUUCAGUUCGAGGUUGACGGCAGCGACAUAGCGAAGGGUUCUGCGUAUAUAGCUUCAUAUGUCACGCCUCAUCUAAAGAACCUGGGUAUAAAUUUCGGUCUUGGUGGACGGUACUCGUUGUUGUUCAAGAGGACUGCGGAGGGUUGGAAGGUUGCAGAACACCUCUUAAGCCCUACCUGGACUCAAGGGUCGGACGCGUCCGGCAAACUCAACAGCUCAGAAUAA